AUGUUGAGGGUCGUUAAUCUUGAACGUUUAAAAAAGUUAUACGCAACAUUUUCAAUUCCUCAACUAUUAAAAGAAUAUAGCAUCGAAGAUAAAGAAAUAGUGCCUGUUGAUACUAAUUAUGUAAUAAUUAAGAAUAAAGAACAUUUUACACCAUUAUGGUAUUACGAUAAUGUUGGAUUUGACAGUCGAAAUCCUGAUGAAUGGUUAAAAAAAGAUAAUAAUGGAAUCAAUUUACCGGUGCCUGCGAUUGUUUACUUGCCUACUAAUUCAAAUGAAGAGUCCUCUAAAAAAUACAAUUGGAUGGAUGCUAAUGUAAUUGAUUAUAAUUCAACAUUGAAAAUGUAUUCAGUUGUUAUAUUGAAUAACAAUUCAAACAAAGUAUAUACCGGAAUACCUAGAAUACAGAUACACUUUAAAGGAGAAGAUCCUAGAGAAUUCGUAAAGAGAAUCAAAUAUGCGAUUGUAAGACGGGAGUAUAGUGAAGAUAUUUAUAGGUUGUCUAUGUAUCUUAAUAUAGUUGAUAAAGAUUCCGAAUAUAUUUCAUACGUAUUACCAGAUGAAACAAUUGAAAAAAUAUUACGAUUAAUAUUCAACUGUCAACGAAUCAAGAAAAUGAACAAAGAUAAAAACAUCAUUAUUCAACAAAUUAAUAACAUUUAUCAAAAAUCAUGCCAAUCUUCAAGGCUUGAAUUAUUAAAAUCUAUGUAUGAAGACUAUCUCAAAACCCUGAAAGUACCAAAUUUUAGUUUUGAACUAUUCAUAAGAAAGCCUACACGAUUAAGUACAAUACCGAGUGCAUAUAAAUCAUUUAUAAAUUCAAAAGAACAAUUCAAUAGAAAUAAAUUAUUAGAAUUAGCUGAAGUUCUUACAGCUCUAUGUGACUCCAACGAAGUAAACUUAUUUGUAAAAGAUACGCGUCUUUUAUCCAUUGAUUUUCCAAACGCUGUAACACUAAAAGACUUUGAAACACUGCAGUUAAAAAAUAUUUUUGAAACUUUUAAUUUGCUUAAGAUCUAUUGGACAAAAGAAAUUACUUUCAAAUGCCAUUCAGCUUUAAAAAAUGUAAAAAACAGUUGGUUCGAUAUCUCAAUAAGUAAAAUUAAGAUUUAUGAAUCAUCGAUCAACAAAUUAAGAAAAUUGAUGACACUUCUUAAGUAUAUGAUGGAAGAACGUCUAAGAAUGAUAGUGAUAAAUUCAGCAAAAGGGUAUGCUUCACUAAUCGAGCGACCUUGCAUUCCAUUGAAAGGUAUUAAUGAUGAUUUUGUGUGGGAUAGUGAUUUGAAUGAAUCACCAUUUGAAGAUUGCACACCUCCAUUAUUCUCUGAAAUACUCAAUAUGAACAAAAAUGGAGCAUAUUAUUCUACUGAUCCAGAUAAAUUUGAAACUGUUAUUGUACGUUUAUUUAAACGUGUGAUAAUUGAAAGCCACGAGAUACCAGCUAUUCAUCCAUAUUUACUCACUAACAUGAAGUUUACGAAAAUACCAUAUUUAUCGUCAAUAGGACUAAUUGAACCAAAAAUUACUGAGCUACAAUCUAAUAUUGAAAACAAUAUUCGCUUAGCUAUUAUUCCAUUAAAAGCAUACUGUAAAGAAUUUAAUAUCUAUUUAAGUUUAUUUAAUACGGAUGUAGAGUUAUAUGUAAAGACAUUUUUUGAUGGUAAUCCAUCACUAAGUAGAAUAAAAGAAGAAAUAACAAUGCAAAUAAAAAUUAAGUUAAAACUAGAGAAUACAUUUCCAGAGACGAUGACUAUUGGCCUAUUUUUCAUAAGCAUUAAAUCAUUGAAACAUUCAUUAGUAAGAAAACGGAUUGAUUUAGCAGACUCAAUUAUGAAAACACAUGCGAGCUUAACAACUGAGAAAAUGGAAACAUGCUGCGCAGAAUACAAAAGAAUUUAUCUGAUUCUUUCUGAAAUUCCAACAUCAAUAGAGCAAGUAUUUGAAAUAAGAGAAUGGAUAGAAACCUUGCCAAUUUUAAUCAGCAAUCAGUCUGAAAUCGUAAGACGAAUAUUUAAGGAUAUGGAAAUGUUGGAUACAUUUUUGUGGAUAGUAGAUGAUGAACAGUUAAAAUUAAAAUAUGACUCCCAAAUUUGGCCUUAUAAGAUUGAGCUAAAAAAAAAUGAGUCAUUGCAAAUUAUGACAACCAAUAUUGAAAAAUUUGAAAAAAUUCAAUUCGAAGAUGAAUUAUUAUUACAAGAUAAUGUUGAAUACUUAAGUAGUAUUAUUUUAAAGUUAACUAUUGAAAAUAAUUUGUCAAAAGUAAAUGAGAUUGCGGUAGAAGUAAACAAAAAUUGGAAACUGAUUAAAGACCUUCAAUUAACUAGUCAAACUUUAAACCUAAGACAACAACUUUUUGGUCAUACGGUAACACCCUUUGAAAAUGUUGAUCAUUUGAUGGACGAAUUUGAACCAUAUAAAACAUUAUGGCUGAGUGCUUCAGAGUUUUUUAAAUUACAAAAUGCUUGGUUGCAAAAUCCAUUAGCAAAUUUAGAAAAAUCUACGCUAAUGCCUUCGUUAAAUAGUUUAUUAAACAUUGCCACAAAAUCUGUUGAACAAUUUGCUGAAAUACCUGGUACUUUGAGCGUAGCUAAUGAAAUAAAAACACAAAUUGAAGAGUAUAAACCAAUGAUACGUUUAUUGGAACAUAUACUAACUCAAGGGAUGAAGCAAAGGCAUUGGGAUAUAUUUUAUGAUAAAACUGGAAUAAAAAUUAUAUUAGCACCAUCGCUGAAUUUUAAAAAAUGUUUGGUAUUGGGUGUUCAAAACUAUAUAGAAGAGAUAAAAGAAAUAUCAGACAAUGCUUCAAAAGAAUAUACAAUUGAAAUAGCUUUGAAUAAAAUGAUGGACGGAUGGAAUGGUGUAAAGUUACAAUUGUUGCCUUAUAAUGAUAAAGACAUGUAUAUCUCAACAAUAUCAGAUAGAGAAUUACAAAUGCUCGAUGAUCAUAUUUUGAUAAUUCAACAGCUAUCAUUAUGCUCGUUUAAAGGAGUAUUUGAAGAACUUUUAACUCAAUGGGAACAUGAUUUAAAACUUUCAAAAGAUUUUAUUAUAGAAUGGAGUGAAUUUCAAAAGAAAUGGAUGUAUUUAAAACCAAUAUUUGACAAUCCUAAUGUUAAAGAACAAUUACCUGUGGAAAAUAAAAAGCUCAACUUAGUUGAACGAAUAUUGGGUCGAAUAAUGAAACUCACUAAGAAUAAACCUUUGGUUAUGAAGACUUGUCCAGAUAAAAGAUUAUUGGGCCAAUUAAUCAAUGUCAACGUUCAACUAAAUAAAGUUGAAAACGCACUUAAAUUAUCGUCUGUGUUUAAGUACCUAAUACACACGCCAUGA